AUGCAUAAUAGUUUAUAUCAAUUUUGUAUAAGUAGAACCGUAAGUACAGAUUUAGGCCAAAAAUUUACAAUUUUAAGGGUAAAUUCUAAGCUUGUUGAUGCAAAAAACCUUAAUAAGUAUUUUAAGAAAAUACUUAAAAAAUCCGUUAAAAGGGAAGAGUUUAGGUACUUACUGAACUACACAGUGAGUAAUAUGCCUCAAGCUCUAGAUGAUCUUAACUUGUUGACUAUACUAAUAAUAAUGUCAAAACUGGAUAUAAGGGACCAGUUACUGUUUAAUUCCAUUCUUCCUUUUCUUUAUAAAAUUAAUGAUUUCAAUAAAAUUAUAGAGUGUUUGUUGUACAGUAGUAUGUUAUUUAAGGACGAUGAUAACUUAAAAUUGUUUGCCACCAAGUUAAUAUUUGACCUACCGUCACACCUUGAUUCUAUUAAUUAUAAUAAUAUUUCAAAGCUCUGCGAGUCGCUUUGUUUUCUAAAUUUAUAUUCUGAAGAAUUUGCUAGCCUGAUUUCGACUCUGGUUGAUAAAAAGACUUUGGCGCGUGGAGAGAUUGAGAUGUUGAAUUUCAGUUCAAUUUUAAAUUACCUUUCAAGAGUUAGAUCUGGAGAUGAAGCUGUCUGGAGUAUGUAUGCAAACUAUUCUUUAAAUAACCUUUUAACCACCAACUAUAAGCCAGUAAUCAAAUUACUACAAUCAUUCGUAAAUCGAAAUAUACAUCACAAAGUUUUAUUCAGAAAUUGUGGUGACUUUUUAGUUAAAUUUAUAGAUCAUAUGCACCCAAAGGAUGUGUCAAACCUCUCAUACUUAUACUUUAAAGUCAAUCACCCACACUAUGUUUUAUUUAAUGAAAUAUUUAAAGUUGGUGAGAUGAUCACUACUAACUUGGAUGGAAUUUCAUCACUAAGACUCUUAUCUGGAUAUUAUCUAUACCAUUCUUCACUCCCAAAUUUGUUAUCUCACACAAUUUCUGGACCUGGACUCCUUCAAAAUCAGACUCCAUUACACCAUUACAGAACUGUUUAUCUAAUUUACAAUAACAUUUCCAGGGAUUUAAACUCUUUUCAUUUUGAGGAUUUUUUACUUCUUUUCAAGACUCUUGAGCUCUUUAAAUUUAUAAACACAAAGAACUUACAGGUUUUUUCCGUACUAGCUAAUUUAACCUUCUUGAGCUUUCCUGCAAAUGUUGAUAAAUCUCUUCUAAGCAAUCUUGACCUUGUUAGGCUUCGAUACAAAGAGAAGAAACUUAUCAAUACUAAUCAGCAGUCUUUUAUUAGGCUAUUAAUUUCUUGA